AUGUAUCCUCUCACUACACUAGCUUCGGUCCUUGCCGUUGCAGGCGCCGUUACUGCUACUCUUGAGCCUGCUCAGAGCAACACCAAGGGCAAAUACCCCAAGAGCCCAUCAUGCUCUCCAUCCAAGACCUCCAACGCCAUCCAGGCCGCUGAAUGUGCCUACAACACCCGUGUCUCUGGCCAGCAGACCUUUGCCAUCUUCAAGGUCGAUCACCAAUAUGAUGCCAACAACGGUGCUCCCUACGGUACCUGCGAAGCUUACGAAUGUGAUGCGCCUACUUCCGACGAGCUCACUGCUGAUGCGGAUUACUGGACCUUUUUCUGGAAUACGGAUCUGACGAUUAGUAGCGACAACGGAGAGUCUUCUGGAGUUGGGACAACCUGUAUCAAGGAUCCUAAUGACGGAACAUGUGGCUGUGAGAACUCUGACGGUACUUUUGUUCAUGGCGGAACGAACUGCAAAUAG